AUGUCGCUCGCGAGCUACAUCUGGGGAGAGGCCGAGCUCAAUCGACGACAGGAAAUCCUCAAGGCCCUGUCUCAGUCCCCAAUCAAAACCGUUGGCCACAACCCGUACCGAUUGUCCCGCAAGGAGCUAUGGACAGUGAGAAUCCAGCAAAAUAUCGAGCUGCUAGAGCUCAAGAUGCGAUUAGGCUGGGACAGCGCAGCACUAUCUGGAUGCUUUGAAAAUUUCUUCCUCAAGAAUCUCCACGCCCAAAUGAGCGAGGAACAACGGGCGUACUGGAUCCCCAAAGCUGAAAACUUUGAGAUCACCGGUUGCUAUGCGCAGACCGAACUCGGACAUGGGAGUAAUCUGAAAGGCAUUGAGACAACGGCGACCUUUGAUCCGAUCACCGAUGAAAUUGUUCUCAACUCACCCACCUUGUCGAGCCACAAAUACUGGAUCGGUGGUUUGGGUGUCAUGGCGACGCAUGCUCUGGUCAUCGCACGGCUAAUCGUGGCCGGAAAGGAACUGGGCAAUCAUGUUUUCCUAGUUCAGAUCCGAGACCUAGGAACCCAUGACUUGCUACCUAAUGUGCAGGUAUAUGAACAAGGAGAAAAGUCUCUGGGGACCUUCGCCACAAUGGACAAUGGGGUCAUGAAGUUCUCACACAAGCGAAUUCCGCGGGCUCAGAUGCUUGCCCGCUACGCGUCGCUGGACCGAGACGGUACUUACCAUAAGAGCGAGAACAAGAAGCAUGCUUAUACCUCCAUGGUCAUUAUCCGGAGUUUGAUGUCGCAAGAAAUCGGCCUAGACGUUGCCAAGGCGAUUGUAAUCGCUCUUAAGUAUACAAACUUCCGGAGACAAUUCAAUGUGAAGGAUGGCAAUGAGACUCGCGUGAUCGAAUAUGCCAGUGUCCAGAAUAGACUCUACCCGGCUUUAUGUCGCGCCAUCGCUAUGGUUCUCGUUGGCCGAGAGAUCAAAGAGCAAGUUGAGGAUCUUCGAGUCGAUAAGUUGGAAAACCUCCAUCUGCAGACCGUCGGACUUAAGAUCUGGGCCACCGAACAUGGGGUGAGAGACAUUGAGGUUGCUCGCCUGAGCUGCGGCGGACAUGGUGGUGUAGGAAAUAUGGCGGCCGCCGGUCUGGGCUCGAUGUAUGCCCAGCUUUCUCCAGCACGGACGUACGAAGGAGACAACUACGUGUUGUCGCAGCAGAUUGGAAAUGCGGUGAUCAAGCAUUGGAAAAGAAAUACCGAAAUGACAAUCCCAGCUCUGUCAUAUCUUACUCUACUGCGAGACUCUCAGCGAAUGUCGCAAAGGUUGGGCGUAGGGACCGCGGAUUCAUUUCUUGCACCCGAGACACAGGAACAAAUCCUGGAAUACCGUGCUGCCAUUCUAGCGAGAAGGCAUAUCUCAGACACCGAACAAGGCAAAGACACCAGCUAUGACGUGUUCCAACUCGCGAUGGCCCAUGCAGACUUGACAUAUUGGCGUAGUCUGCAGAAUAAACUGUGCGAAGCUCCAAGGGAACAUGAGACAGCGAUCAAGACACUUGUAGAUGUGUUCGCCCUUACGUCAAUUCUGGAGAGCCUAGGGGCAUUUGCAGGGACGAAUUAUCUCGCACAGGAGGACAUCUCUAGCCUGAGAGAUACGCAUCAUUCCCGCAUCGCUUCGUUAUCCAAUCAUGUCCAGUCAAUUGUUGAUGCUUUAGGGUUCACGGAAACUGAGCUCAACAGUGCCUUUGCUCGCGAAAGCCAGACCCCAUAUGAGGCUCUUCUGGAGACCGCACGGCAGAGCGAGAUGACCGACAAUCGCUUCAUUCGACCAACUAUCUUGCAAGCGAGGAAUCUAUGGAAGAAAUAUCAGGGUUCGGUAUCCAAGUUAUAG